CAUGGCUCUUGAGGUCGGGCGAUCAUAAAGGACAUCAUGUGUUGUUCAUAGCCCAAGCUUCCUCUUCUACUCCGAAGAUAUAAAGGUCGCACGAAGACCAGGCGUUCAUCUCUACACAGAAUAUCGAUAAUGACCCCCACACUCGCCUCCGCCCCUGGUAGUUGCUGCUUCUCCGGUGUAAAACACAUAGGCACACCCGUUGGCCGCGUUGAGGACCUCGGUGAAAUCCCAACAUACAUCCCCGAUCCUGCUGCUGCCACACAGAAAGUGAUACUCUUCCUAGCAGACGUAUGGGAUUAUUUCGCGCCCUGUGGCUAUAUCGUACUUGGAGCUGAUUAUUUCUUUGGCGACUCCGUGCCGAACCACUUGCCUGAUUGUGAUCGCCAGGCGUGGAUCGACAAUUCUCGCAAACCUGCUAUCGAUGCGUUCCCCGCUUGGCUAGAUGCUGUGAAAGGAAAAUACGGGUAUUGCUUUGGAGCCUCAUUCGUCGUGGACUUCUGUUCUGAUGGAGCUGUAGUUGCUGAGGAAGAGCACACAUUCCCACUGGCCUCGCGUCGACGUGCCGAAGACAUCAUGGUCGCUCGCAAAUCCACAUAUUAUUUCCAGGUGUUUUCAGGCGUCCAACAUGGGUUUGUUGUACGGGGUGAUCCUGCUAUUGACACGCAACGCUGGGCGAAGGAGGAGAGCGCUAGGGGAAUCGUGAGUUGGUUUGAUCGGUUUACGGUCUAGGUUGGUUACGAUGCGUACGUUUGUUGGGAGAAUGAAUUUUUAUGUCGUGGGUAACAUUGAAA